GUUAAUAUAACUCCGACUGGAUUCAUCUGAAAGAAAGUCAUAUACACCUAGGAUGCCUUGGGUGUGAGUAAAAUGCAGCCUAAUUAUUAUUUUUGGGUGAACUAACCCUUUAAUAUCUUCGAACUAAUCUACUUGUUGAAUCAGGCAAUAUGUGGACUAGCAAAUGUUUGCAACAAAUACAAGUUUUAUUCUUAUUACGUAGUGGUUUAAUACUAUUAAAGGGAUAGUUCAACCAAAAAAGAAAAUUUUAUGUUUAUCUGUUUAACCUCAGGGCAUCCAAGAUAUAGGAGAUUUUUAACUCAAACUGUCAGUCAUAUUUUUAACUCAAGUCUGUCAGUCAUAUUAUGUAGUUGGAUGGAACUCACGGCUUUGAGAGUCAUAAACAAUACACAAACAAAACCAAAUUAAACCCUGUGGCUCGUGACGAUACAUUGAUGUGUGAAGACACAAAACGAUCAAUCUGUGCAAGAAACUGGACAGUAUUUAUAUCUUUUUUCCCUCUGAUUUUCACCGCAAUUGAGAUUUUCCCAGUUGAGAUUUUAGAUAGAGUGUCAAUGGUCCAUUUGAGAGAUAGGUGGCAGUAAUGCACUUAUAAGUCUGCGAUCCACUGUUUAUCAAGAAGAAGAAGACGCUUCACACACAGGCUGAAGAAGAUGCAAAUGUGCUCAGGACAUUUCAGACACUGCGGUGAAAAUCAGAGGAUGCUCAGACGGAACUUGUAAUGCUUGUCCUACUGCGGUUAGCUGAGGAUGUGAUCACAUUUCAGACAUUACCCACUCAAAGACGGCGAGAUAUCCAGCACACACUUACACAGAAUAUGGACAGCAUCUUCAACUUCCUGCUUGGCAUACUGCAGCUUCAUGUGAAUGAGUACAAGAAGUUGAAAUGCAUUGCUGGUCAGGAAUUGAAGGCAAAAGCUCACUGGCGAGUUGGUGUGGCCACUCUCAAUACUCUGGCUGGCUACAUUGAUUGGGUUGCUCUGGUCCACAUCACCAAUGAUAACUGUCAUCUUUUGGAGAUCUUCUGCCUGUUGCUGAGCGAACCUGAGCUUCAGUUGGAGGCUGCAGAGUGUCUGCUAAUUGCCAUUAGUAGGAAAGGAAAGUUAGAGGAGAGAAAGCCAUUUACUGUACUCUUUGAUGAAGUUGCCAUGAACUACAUUCUGUCUGCUGCACAGUCGGCAGGUGGUGCAGCUGUGUCUAACCAAUCAUCAGGUGGCAUUGUGGAAAGAAGAUACACUUUUUUGAAGAGGCUGUGUCAGGUUCUCUGUGCCCUGGGUUUCCAAAUCUGCUCUCUAUUGGGUUCAGAUAUUGAAGUACAAGUUCCGGUUAACCUGGAUAAAUACAUGGAAGCUCUUUUUGCCUUCACUUCUCAUCCUAGCCAGUUUCUGAAGUCGUCCACGCAAAUAACCUGGGGAAACCUGUUCCGACAUGAAAUUUUAUCAAAGAAUCCUGUAGUUGGCCAGAUGGCGAUAAAAUAUUUAAGAGCAGCAAGGAUCAAUCUUCUUAAAACUGGAUUUCCCUCCAAGAAUGAUUGUCCAGGUUGUGAAUUCUCCAGAGUGGACUUUGAUAGUGAUGAAGAUUUCAACUGUUCCUUUAAUUCUUUUAGGGCUCAACAGGGAGAAGCAGUUCGUCUGGCUUGUAAAAUUGUCCCAUUUGAGGCCUUCCAAAUUGCAAGGGAAUGGGUGCAGUAUCAGAUCUGUACAACUACAUAUAUUGGAAAUACAACAUCGGUUCAGUGGGACGCUAUGACUUUCUUCACUGAAAGUGUGUUCGGACAGCUCUUCAAAAUCCUUGAAAAGGAGAAAAUUCCCAUAGAUGAGGGCAUAGAGCUGCUGCAGAUGGUUGUAAACUAUGAGACAAGAGAUCCUCUCAUUCUGUCCUGUGUUCUUACCAUCAUAUCUACUCUCUUUCCCUUCGUCACACACCAGCCUCACUUUCUGCCCCAAGUACUCUUUAAGAUAUUUCCUUCCAUCACAUUUGAAUUGGUUGAAGAAUGCAAGGGACCUCGAACGCGAGCUGUUAAGAAUGUCAGAAGACAUGCCUGUUCUUCCAUCCUUAGGAUAUGUCGGGAUUAUUCAGAUUUUAUGCUGCCUUGCUUUGACAUGAUGUAUGAGCAUGCGAAGGGAUUGUUCUCCAAUGAGCUGCUGCUGACACAAAUGGAGAAGUGUGCUCUUAUGGAAGCCCUGAUACUAGUAAGCAAUCAGUUUAAAGACUACAACAAACAGAAAGCCUUCCUGAAGGAACUCAUUGCACCUGUUACUGCACAGUGGCUGUCAGAGGAGAUGAGAAGUGUGUUGUGGGAUCCUGCUACCUUCUUGGCAUAUGUUGGUGCUGAUCAGGUGAUCAGUGACCUUGACACAGAGGAUCAGAUGGGUAUCAACAGGUCACAGAUUAGUUUUUGUGUGAACACCAUACUUGGGGUUGUAAAGCGUGCUCGUUGGCCUGCUAAUCCUGAGGAGGCAAAAGCAGGAAGCUUUGUGGUCAGCACAACCUCUGAUGGGGCCCCCAUCUACAGAAACCCUUGUGCGGAGCCCCUGCAGGCCUUGCUGCCCAACCUUUUUGCUCUCAUCAGGACCCAAAAUAGCUUGUUCUUGCCAGAGAACAUCAACCGACUUAGCAAGACUUUUUCUAGGGUCUAUGAUAUUAUGGAUGUGGAGAAGAAUUUUGCUCUAGGAAUUCCUCAACCAGUUUUAGAUGCCUAUGACUCUUCAGCAUACAGAAACAUUGUUGAACGCAUGCAAGGCUUCUUCUCAUCACUUUAUGAUAACUGUUACCAGGUGCUUGGGAAUGCAGGUCCCUGCAUGCAGCAAGACUUUUAUGCAACAGAAGACUUGGCUGAGCAGAUUGUUGGUUCUGCAUUUAUCCAUCUAGACAGUGUUCCAGACCACAGGCUCCGCCCCCUAGUUCGUCUGUUCAUGAAGCAACUGGUGAUGUCCUGUCCCUAUGAUUAUCAUGACAGCCUCCUCUGUCCUUUGCUGGGCCCACUGUUUGCCCAUCUGCUGCAGAGACUGAACUUUCGGUGGCAGAUCAUCAACCAACGGACCAGUUUGUGCUCUGUGGAAUAUUUGAUUCUGAUUGGUCAGUCGCAACAUUUCAAGGUAUGUUAUCUUUCAAUAACAACCGGUAAAAGCUGAUAACACAGGCUCAUCAGGGUAACUGAAUUUGGCACUAUAUGCUUGCUAAGAACA